AUGCUGGCCCUGUUCAUGGGCAUGUUUACUGCAAAUCUUGACUCCACGAUUCUGGCCACGGCUAUUCCGCGUAUCACAGAUGAUUUCCACAGUCUCGGCGAUAUUGGCUGGUAUGGCUCAUCCGCCUUUCUAAUAUUUGCUGCGUUUCAGACAACUUGGGGUAAAGUGUUCAAGCAUUUCCACCUCAAAUGGUCCUACCUGGUAUCGCAGUCCAUCAUUGAGGUCGAGAGUCUCAUCUGCGGAGUAGCACCAAAUAGUACCAUCCUAAUCACAGGCCGCGCAAUCGCAGGUAUUGGGGCAGCGGUGCAAUGUACUCCAGAUAUCACUAGCUGGUUCAUUUCAACGCAGUAA